AUGAUUCCAUUUCAGAGGCAAAAAGGACAUGCGCCCCCUGGGGGAGUGCAUUCGCAAGCCUGGAUUCCACCUAGCGGCACGCCAGCCCUCUGCGACAAACGACUCCGUGAGCGGCGAAGAAGCAUGGAAUGCACUGAAGAGGGGCUCCAAGCGACACAAGGAGACACGUGGGUUAUGACGACUCUCCCCAUUCAGUAUUCUGACGGUUCUCCUCCUGCGAGGGUCAAAUCUCGGGGCAUUGACAAGGUGUUGCCUGCCUUGGUAAUACCGGAUGCUCCCACAUCCGGACCUGAGUACGCGGCGGUAUUCUACUUCAGGCAGAACGACCUCUACGGAAAGCAGGCACCCGUCGAAUUCAAGCGCUCGUCUUACGGGCUGCAGUCAAAGUAA